CUUCUUCUUCUUAUUAUUAUUAUUAUUAUUAUUAUUAUUAGUGAAAUUCCACCUCGUAACUGACCUUCUCCUCCUUUUAAAUUUUAUAUUUUUACGAGCAGACUUUUAUUUUGACGGGAAAGUCACGGAUCUGUUCCUCCCGCAGCGCCGAAGGAAGAGCAGAAUCAGCUGAACUACAGAAGAAAUGAAAAUAUUCUCCUGAAAUUCAUCACCAACAACCAGGAUAUUUAACUAAGAACAAUGUUAAACUGCUGAAAGAGGUGAAGCAAAAGCCGCCCUGAAGAAUCUCCAGAAGACGCAGAAAUUGUUUGAUACAUUUAACAGACAAAUGAAGCCAAGUCCCAACAUGGAGAAACAUCAGAACUCUGUCAAGAGUUUUACUGUACAGAGUAAUCUCAAAAAACACCAGCGUAUUCACACAGGAGAGAAACCACAUCACUGCUCAGACUGUGGGAAGAGUUUUACUAAACAAAGUGAUCUCAAAAUACACCAGCGCAUUCACACAGGAGAGAAACCUUAUUAUUGCUCAGACUGUGGAAAGAGUUUUAAUCAUCAGAGUCAUCUCAAAAUACACCAGCGCAUUCACACAGGAGAGAAACCGUAUCACUGCUCAGACUGUGGGAAGAGGUUUACUCUACAGAGUACUCUCAAAAAACACCAGCGCAUUCACACAGGAGAGAAACCGUAUUACUGCUCAGACUGUGGAAAGAGUUUUACUCAACAGAGUCAUUUCAAAAAACACCAGCGCAUUCACACAGGAGAGAAACCGUAUCACUGCUCAGACUGUGGGAAAAGUUUUAAUCAACAGAGUCAUCUCACACUGCAUCAGCGCAUUCACACAGGAGAGAAACCAUAUUACUGCUCAGACUGUGGGAAAAGUUUUAAUCGACAGGGUACUCUUCAAAGUCACCAGCGCAUUCACACAGGAGAGAAACCGUAUUACUGCUCAGAGUGUGGGAGGAGUUUUACUCAACAGAGUAACCUCAAAAUUCACCAGCGCAUUCACACAGGAGAGAAAAUUAUCCCAAAUUUGUCCCACGGCAAGUCAAAGUGCAAAUCGUAAAUCUUUCGGACAGAACACCUUAUCCUACACAAAUGUUUCACUUUGUCGCUUGGAAGGAUUUUACAGAUUCAGUAAAAUUAUUCUUAUCCAGCGAUUAUGUUUAUUGAAUUUAAUAUUAUGUUUUCUUGUAUGUUUGAUAUUCCAGGACAUUGUUCCUGAGACAGAGCUCAGUUUUUAGGGUAGUUACGGUAGGAGUUCAGUUUUGAAGAAGGGAAGGUCGUUCGAGUUUGAGUGAGGGCACUGCCAGUGCUUGCACCAGAUGUUAGAUUAGCAUAAUUAGUCUUUAAAUGUAAAUCAAAUUUAAAUGUCGUAGUUGUUAGGAGUAAAGUAGGAUUCUUAGCCUGCAACUAAGCGUUUGGGAUCAAACCUUCAGCGCUUAUGAUUAGAAGGUUUUGAAUGCAUUUAAUCCCUUUUCUAGUUCAUGCAGAUUUAAUUAUUUCCAUUAAUUUCUAGUAUCUCUGUUUUUACUCUGUGGAAGCCGUCCUCAGUUUCCCAAGCUUAGCAUAGCUUAGCGCUAUUGACCGCCAGGCAGCCCAUAUGAAGGGAGAAGGGGAAAACACCACCUGAGCCACUCCAGAGAGAGAGUGCUCCCAGAAGUGAGACUCAGAGCCAAAGAGAGUACUGCCGUGUGGACCGGAGGAGCAUCCAGACCCUGCAGAGAGGCCAACAAAAUGUUCCAGCCAUGGUUCCCAUACUAAAAUCUACCCACUCCAGGCUUAUGUAGUGCAGUAAAAUUGCUGGCUUAUUUAUUCCCUCUGCUGGUGUUCUUGUUUUUCUAUGGUUCAGUCUGAUUUAAAAUCUGUUACCUUAGAGGGAUAUAGAUGGAUAUUUGGUUGUUGUAUUACUCAAGUUUUAUACUCUUUUUCUUAUUAGAUAUCGUAUCUUGCUUAAGGUUUUUUAAUCUCCAAAGUUACUAAGAAUAUCCAAAUCUUUUAUUUUCUUAAUUGUUUUUAUCCAGUACCAACUAUUACCUUUGUAUUGCUUCACCUCUAUAUUUACUCAUCUGUGUUUUCAAAAACAGCUUUAAUAUUGCAAGAUCUGCAAUCUCUGUUUUCUCAACAUAUGUUUGACAAAAUCUAUAGGCCUGAGAUUUUCGUAUGUUAGGUAAGGUAGUCAGUGAUCCAGACUUGUAGAACAUCAGCAGGAGUUUCUGGCAGAUGUUGAAAGACCUGAGCCUUCUGAGGAAGUACAGUCUACUCUGUGCCUUCCUGUAGAGAGAGUCAGUGUUCACUGACCAGUCCAGCCUAUAGUCCAGAUGCACACCAAGGUAUCUGUAAGAUUUGACCACCUCCACAACGACCCCCUCGAUGGAGAUUGGCUGCUGAGCAGAGGGCCUGGACCUCCUGAAGUCUAUGCACAUCUCCUUGGUUUUUGAGACAUUCAGCUGCAGAUGGUUCGUCUUGCACCAAACCACAAAUUCCUCAACCAGGGUUCUGUACUCCCUCUCAUCACCAUUACGCACACACCCCACGAUUGCAGUGUCUUCAGAGAACUUCUGCAUGUGGCAUGACUCCGAGUGAUAUUUGAAGUCUGAUGUGUACAGUGUGAACAGGACUGAAGAGAGAACAGUCCCCUGUGGUGCUCCUGUGCUGCUGAUCACUGUAUCAGAGGAGCAGUCCCGGAUCCUGACAUGUCUCCCGGUAAGGUAGUCAGUGAUCCAGGUGACCAGGUGCAUGUCCACCUCCAUCUUCAUCAGCUUGCCUCUCAACAGUAGGGGCUGGAUGGUGUUGAAGGCACUGGAGAAGUCAAAGAACAUGACCCUCACAGCACCUCCCCCAUUGUCCAGAUGAGAGUGAGCUCUGUGCAGAAGAUAGAGGAUGGCAUCUUCCACUCCCACCUUUUCCCGGUACGCAAACUGCAGUGGGUCCUCAGCAUGGUGGACCUGAGGUCUGAGGUGGUCCAACAGCAGUCGCUCCAUGGUCUUCAUCACGUGAGAUGUCAAAGCAACCGGCCUGUAGUCAUUCAGCUCCUUCGUGUGUGCCUUCUUAGGAACUAGAACGAGGCAGGUUGUCUUCCACGUGGCAGGAACUCUCCCUAGACUCAGGCUCAGGUUAAACACAUGUUGGAGGGGCUCACCCAGUUGAACUGCACAUGCCUUGAGCAUUCUGGGGCACACACUGUCCGGGCCAGCUGCCUUCCUGGGGUGAAGUCUCUUCAGCUGUCUCCUGACCUGGUCUGCAGUAAAGGUUUGUGGACUGGAGGAGCAGAUUUGUCUGCCAGUGUUGACAGUGGUGAUGAUGAUGAAGAAGAUGGUGGGGGUGAUGGUGGUGGUGAUGAAGAUGGUGGAGGUGAGGGUGAUGAAGAUGAUGAUGGAGGAGAGGGUGUUGGUGGUGAUGAAGAUGGUGGAGCUGAAGUUGAAGGUGAUGGAGAUGGUGAUGAUGGUGAUGGUGGAGAUGGAGAUGAUGGUGAUGAUGCAGGAAGGUAGGAGGAGGGGGCAGCAGGAGCAGGACAGUAAACCUGUUGUAAAAGUUGUUAAACUGCUUUGCUCUGUCCACACCCCCAUCUACUUCAUUGUUGUUCUUGCACCCAGUGAUGGUACCCCCAGAGAGCCCUGGGGGUACACUCAGCUCCUCUCUUUUGUUAGAAGGAGAACAUUUCCAUCAUCAGACUCUGUCACUCCAACAACUGUGAUGAUUCUUCUUUCAUGUUUCUCUUCAGUUUCCUGUAGUAUAUUCAUUUAAAAAGGUUUGAACAUUAGAAAUGGCGGGUAUGUACUGGACACACAUACAGUAAAAGGCACAUUUUUCAGUCCACAGUUAUAUCUUCCCUAAUCCACAUGUAGCCGGCUUGUGUGUGUGUCUGUCUCUGAUUCCGCCCAAGUUGAAUUAGCCAUGCCCCUCGAGUGUUGAUACCCUCUGCAUUGUGACUUCCAAGGAAUGGAAAGACUGGACACACUCUGCCAUAUAUUGGGUCUUUAUUGCCUCUCCUGUGCAUGAGAGCAGCAAAACACAGCAUGAAGUGAAUUCUCUGUCUUUCUCACAAAAACAGAUGCAGCUCUCCUCAGUGAUAUUUAGCGUGAAAUGAGCAUUACAUAUGCAAUACUGUGUGUUCUGUUUUUCUGUAUCCAGUGUACAAUUACAUAUAAUAAAAUAGGGUUUAUAAAAAUA